UCGAAUAUGUAUUUCUUCUCUUAAAGAUCCACGUUUGAAUACCUUGAAGGAAAUAAAACAAUGGUUCAUUCAAGGUGAUAAACAAAAGAAAGAUUCAAGUCAAUGUGCUAUAAUUCAACCAAGAAGACUAUCUCAGGAUAUGCUUGAAGGUUUAUCAAUUAGAGAAAUGGCUGGUGACUCUUCCACACAUACGGCUCAAUCCUAUGAAUAUAUAAUAAACAAGUUAACAAUUACAAUGCAAAUAAUAUCAGAAAUACAAAGCUUGAAUUAUGGUUUAGCUGAUGGUUUGGGCUGUGUGCUUGCUGAUUUAAAACAAAGAGAUUAUCGAACAACUGUAAAACCUAACAAGCAGAAUUUAGAAGCAUAUAAUCGCCAUAAAAUCCAAAUUGAAAUGCUCUCUACUUUCAGCUACCAAAUAUUUCAAGAACUUCUUAAUGAUGAUCUGAUUAUACCUAGAAAAAUUAUUGACCUAGAACCUGCCGAGGCAUCAAAAUUUCAGUAUAUUAUCGGAUGGACUAUCUACAAAUUAACAAAAAGUGAUAGAUUAACAUUAGCAUAUGAAGAAUUUGCAAAAAUCAAAUCAUGUUUAAAUGUUCUUAGCUCUGAGCAACUGUUUGAAAAACAUAUAGAGUAUGGGCCAGAUAUUCUAAUUUACAUCAAUAAUAAUCUUGUAAGCAAUCAACCUUUAAAGAAGCAGUUUAAUGACCUUUUGCAAAUAGCAUACAAAUUUUAUCGUAAUGCUGAAUAUAAAAAUAAAAAAUUAUUUCCAGAAUUCAUACAUAACAGUAUUCAAUUAUCACAAGAAGCUAAAGACUAUCUAUUGGUGCGUUUGAUUAAAAUUUACAUGCAAAGCAGGCAAUGGUCCUGGCGACGAUUUAAGGAAUAUAUUCCAGAAAAAGGUUCAUCUUGUUUACGAGAGAAUGUCAAGACAAUGGGUAAAGAGAUGCUACUAGAAAAUCUUGAGUUAGCACUUGGUCAGCUUAAGAUUUGGGCUCGAGAUAAUGGUGCUAAAAGUGUAUUCGAGAAGGCAUUCACAUUAUCUGACCUAACGAUUCUUGUUCAAGCAUUUCAAAAUAAACCAUUAAAGAUAAAAGAAAAAAAAAAGUCAGUUCCUAUCGAUCUACUUUUUAAUCAUUUGAAUAAUGGCUCCGAGUUUAAUGAAGAAACAAAAAAAAAAG